AUGGAGGAAAACGGACUGACGUUCAAGGAAUAUCCAGACGGAAGGGUAAAGAUUGACCUCGAUAGCGGGACAAAGACGGUGGGACUUCGGAAUCUCACGGGGAUUUUGGGAUACCAAUCCUCCAACGGUCCUACAUACACCCCACACAUCAGCGACCGUCCCGUAGAUAUUCACAAUGGUUUGCGAUACAUCACGGUCAGCUGUAAUCUCGUGAACCGUGAGCACAACAUCGGACCAGACGGAAAUCGAAGUACCAUCAUCACCUCCCUUCCGAUCAACGGGGCCAAGCCUCUUUUCGGAACCGUGACCAAGUACAAUGACAUCGAUAUUCAGGCAUGGGUGAAUGCUGGAAGGUACAACGAAAUCGAUAUCCGGUUUAAAAUCGGAUCCAACACCGGAGUUGUUCCGGGAGAUGUUUUGUUAGAACCUUACAUCAAAUAAAACAAUGAGUGAGGAUAUCUUUCGCAACUACUACGGAAUGAGUUAUAAGAAAGUGAAGGCGGCAACGCCCAUUGAAAUCCGGAAAAUGAAAGAAAAUUUUAGAAAAAAGUAUCCCAACGCAACCAUGUCCAAAUUUGACUUUGAGGUUACCUUUGCCAAGGACGGAACCGUGGAGUCCAGAGACAUAUUUUUUUAAGGUGGACGACCUCACAAGCUAUGACAUUAAAUCUGAUACGUUCCGUUUGAAUCCUGAAUGUAAUACAUUUUUACACUGGGUGGAUGGAUGGCGAAGCGUUCUUCCGGACAUGAUUUUUCGUCCGAACAAAGAUUUUAAAAUGAAUGUGCACAGUUUCACAGUUUACGUCACGGAGAUCGAAAGUUUCGUAACGAAAUUAGAUCCCAUUAAACCGACGUACAACAAGCCUAAGGGUACCUUCAUCGAUAAGCUGUCGUUCGACUACCAUUCCAAUUCCUACUUUUGCUCCUUGGCCGCAGCCUACAUCGCUACGUUCAAGUGUGGAAUUUCUGAGGAUCAUCUUACGAAUAAUCGUCCCGACUCACACUCCAACAUAGUAACUUCCAUCGUUCGCUUUCAUCUCCAUUUUCACCUUUCAAGAUUAAAUUUAUGCAUAGUCCAAACUUCUGGAUCAGUACAUUAUGAAAGAUGAUAUGACAACCAUCCGAAAAUUCAUACCCGUUCAUGAAACGUGGAAAAAAAAGAACGGACUCCUCCCAUGCAAAUCUCAGAACGUGGUACUACGACAAGCUGGUGGACGAACGAAGAAGAAUAAGACGUCAAAAAUACCAUCAGACUAA